GCGGCCACCCGCGGGCAGGGCAGGCGCUUCCGGAGGCGGGAGGUCGCAGCGUGGAGCAGCGCGCCGCUGCCCGUUGCUGUGGCAAAAGAAGAGUGGAGAGGGUGGCGGAGCGCCUGUGGGGCUAGUUUGUUCGCACGCUGCAGCGGAAAGCAGCAGACGGCUCCGCCAUGUCCUACUGCAGGCAAGAAGGAAAAGACAGAAUUAUCUUUGCGACCAAGGAGGACCAUGAGACACCAAGCAGUGCUGAGCUGGUUGCAGAUGACCCAGACGAUCCUUAUGAAGAACAAGGAUUGAUAUUGCCCAAUGGAGAUAUCAAUUGGAAUUGCCCAUGCCUGGGAGGAAUGGCUAGUGGUCCCUGUGGGGAACAGUUCAAGUCAGCCUUCUCAUGUUUCCAUUAUAGCACAGAAGAAAUAAAGGGAUCAGACUGUGUGGACCAAUUCCGUGCCAUGCAGGAAUGCAUGCAAAAAUACCCGGAUCUUUACCCUCAAGAGGAUGAAAAUGAAGAAAAAGAGAAGUCAAGCAAAGAUUUGGAAGCCACUCCUAUGGAAGCUUCUGCUGCCAAAGAGGAGAGGGGGUCUAGCUAGUGAAGAUGUAAGGAGGCUGGUUGUCUCCAUUUCUCAUUUUCAGAGACAUGGACUUCUGCACUAUGUCUGUCUUCUGAGUUGUCAAGAAAUGUUUCAACAUUUUUCUAUGCACUGGAUUAUAGCAAUUAAUUUAUUGCUGAAGAAGUCUCAGUGCUACAGCCUUGCAAAUAAAUACUGCACAGAGAAUGAGCAUGUGUAAGCACUGUGUAACCGGCUAGCAGACACAGUUAAUACUUUAACAGCUGGUUUUCACCCUCAACUUCUUGAGUUCUGACUUGAAUGAUGUCUUUAUAUAGCUUUCAAGUAAAAUUCCAUUAGCACACCAGGUCUGUCUUCAUUUCAGUAUGUUCUAAUCAAUAGCUGCUUUUUUUUUAAUGUGUUCUAUUAAUAGAAAUUGUGUUAAAUGAUUGGUUUUCCUUUAAAGAUCUUUUUUUUUUGUGAGAGUGAUACAGAGUGAUUGCCUUUUACUACCAGCAUCUGUUAAGGACUACCAGAAAACUCUUGAAAUGCCUAUAUCCUUUGAUUUCAUUUAAUUAUUGUGAUGACUUUUGCAUUUUUAAAAAUGAUUGUGCAAACAAAGAUGAAUGAAAAGAAUGUUGGUCACUGGCUUUACUUUUUGCUCUGACACCACAUUUUUUGGGUUCCUUUAGUUAGUACCUGCUCCUUCAGUGUAUAGACAGGCUUUGGAGAAGUACUUUGAGAAUACAAUGGAAAUGUUACCUGGUGUAAUGGUCUCAAAACAGAUACUGUGAGUUAAGUGCAUAUUAAAGAGAAAAUACUUUUUACCUUCAUUAAAAGCUCCUUUGUCUUCAUGGUGUGCUGCUUUGUUAACACUGUGUGGAUUUGAGAACUCUUCUGCAUUGUAAGUGGACUUUGAAUAAAUUUGUGGGUUGUGAUGA